AUGGCGCAAAGACUGUGUACAAGGUGUCGUGAAUCUGUGGAGAAUCGACGGAGCUACACUUGGAUUUCUCGAGAAGAGAAUCAUAUUGAAAUAGCCCAGAUUAUUAUUCAAGAGCUACUAGAUCAGCAGGGCGAUGCCUACGGAUUUCAUUUGCCAACCUUGCUGGCAACGAGCGGAGAGAACGUACCAGAGAUUCUUACGAGAAGAAGAUCAUGCUGA